AGGAAACGUGCCUCAAAACCAAACCCAGAGGAGAACUCCCGUGCAGGAAACCCAUCCCCGGAAUUACAUUUGUAUCCUCGCACCCGGCACACUACAAUAUCCUUUCCACCCUCUGCGCCUCGGCACCACGCUGCGUCACUUGCGUGCCCUUCCCCCUCCGCUCCGCCCGCCGAAGAUCCCAGCGCUACAAUUCCAGACAUAAUGCCAGCGGCUCCCAUACCACCCAAGACGCCAGCAUCCAAACUGGCGUCCUCCAUAUCCAAAUCGCGACAGGUCCUGCCCGACCCAACUAAUAGCUUCAAGCCCAGCGCAAGGCAGUCCUCUCCCACAGUACGAAAUUUCGAUCAAAUCACAAGGAUCGGAGCCCAGCGGAGCAUGCCAGCCCAGUCAAGGCAACAAGCGGCGGCGCAGGAUAUCCGUAAUUCAAAGUCAUAUAAAAGUUUUGCGAGAAGGUGGACAGCAACGAUCGUCGCAUUACCUAUUCUGUUAUAUACAAGCUACGCGUUGUACGAAAGAGUAUUCUAUGAUAAAGAACCUCGAAGUCUACCGGGAGCGAACGCCUUUCCACCGCCGGAAUCGUCAAAUCAACCUUCUGACUUCAUGCCCCAAUCUGCGACGAGCAACGACAGCUCUACGCACUAA